AUGCACAUUUCCUUCUCCUUCUUUGGCUGCCGCCAUGGCAUUGCACUCUUCCUUGACCGCCCGCGCUACGAGGCUGUGUUGUGGGACCCCUACACCAACUUCCAGCACCAUGUACCUUUUCCACCGGGUUUCGACAAUCAGCAAGCUAACUUCAUCAUGAGCGCUGCAGUGUUGUGCUCUGCCGGUGACGAGCAACACGUGCAUGGUUAUUGCCACCUGAGUCCAUUCAAACUGGUAUUGGCAUGCCAUGACGCUGAAUGCACAAAGGCGUUUGCUUGCAUCUAUGAAUCCAAGUCUGUCAUAUGGGAAGAUAGUAUCUCAAUAGCGACUACGGAUGUGAUUUCUAAAAAAAGGCCUAGCAUAUUGGUUAGAAAUGCACUUUGUUGGUUGCUUCAUGGAGGCGGUAUUCUUGACUUUGACUUCGAAAGGCUGACUCUUGAUGUGAUUGAGAAGCCUGCAAGUGUCGAUGUUACUGAUACUUUUAGCGUUGACUGGUCCUUUCAGAUCAUAAGAGAAGAGGAUAAUGGUCUCGGCCUUGCUGUUUUGCCAAACCCAGAACAACUAAGCAUUCAGUUAUGGGCGAUGAAAUCUGACUCUGAUGGUGUUGUCUCAUGGGUGCUACAGAAAACUGUUGAACUGGAUGAGCUCUUUACACGACCCUUGCAUUCAGACACGGCAAAACUUGUCCUGAUGCCAGGGUAUGAUGAAGACACAAAUGUGAUCUUUUUAUCUUCGGUUUCUUAUGAAUUCAUGCUCCAACUUGAGUCGAUGAAGUUCAAAUAUAUUGGUAGAAGAGAGUACAAGAGUUCUAGAAUCUAUUAUCCUUAUGCAAAUUUUUAUACUGCAGGUAAUAUCUCGUCUCUUGCAUGA